AUGUCUCACAACUUCUAUUGUGAGCAACUGGAUUUGGUGGUUAAGAGCAAGGUUACAAUUGCCUUAUUCGUUAUUAAAAUGAUUAUUUGUUUUGUUGGAUUAAUAGCUAUGAUACUGAAUGUUAAAUAUUUGGGAACUCGUUGGGUCGUACAUCCUAAUGCUCGUGUCUUAUAUAUAGCCGUUCUGAUUUUUUCAUUUUUAAUUUGCUUUCAAUAUUCAAUUAUGUAUUCCGUUGAUAGUUAUAGAUUUUUGACUUCAACAAAGUAUUGCGAUGCUCUCAUAUCAACACGUCUUUCAUUCAUCACCCUCGUGUUCGGUAUAUGCUUUGAAGUGAGCCUGGUUAACAUAUUCCUGGCUAUGUCAACAGAACGUCUGAUAGCUUCUCUCUUUCCAGCCUAUUAUGAGAAAAUUCAGACGAACACUCUAGGAUUAUCAUUGAUUGCUAUUGCACUUAUACUAGAAAUUCCAAUAAUAUAUGGCAUAGUUAAAUAUCCAAUUGACUGGGAUGAACCCAGCAUUGCCUUCUCUAUCAUAACAGAAGAUAAUCAAUUAGAAUAUAAAGUUCUCAUCAUCGUCAUGCUAAGCUAUGAGGUCAUUUCAAUAGUCAUAUUCCAUUUCGUCCUUAUACGCAAUCGCCAACAUGCUCUUGAACGUUAUCACAAUGAUCUAGCUGUCAACUAUCAGAAAUCUGAAAAUAUGAAAAUGGGCUUAUUCUUUCUUCCUGUCUAUUAUUGUCAUUUCAUUAUAACCAUCGUCUACAUGGGAUCAUUCUCUGUGUAUAGCAUGGUAACACCACCUGAGGAAUUGGCUACCUUUGCUAUAUUUGCUGAAUACGUUGCCUGGACGCCGUUGUAUGCUUCAGCGAUGUCACUCAUUUUAUAUUUAACAAAACGAUAUUACGUCAGGAAUCAGAAGAAAGUCAAUCAGAAGCACAGCGGCUCUGUAUUCAUUCCACUUGAUAAGCUUUUUCAAUUUCAAAAAGCUCACAAGCUAUCGACAGUUCAACUUGUUAUGAAACGUAUUUUCCCUUGCAACUAA